GUCGAUGUGAGUACUUAAAUAGAUGUCAAGAUAGAGCACACAAGCAGUCGCUAGUUGGUGAGUGAGCAGCAGACUACUAAACACAGGAGUCCCGCGGUACACUGACACCAGCGCUAUAGACUACCGGGCUAAGGAAUGUCUACCACACGGUACCUGACCCUGGCCAUCAUGGCGGCCAUCUUGAUUCCAGCCACCUGUCUGUUAGUCUCACACACCCGUGAGGACAUCUUCAGACGGCCGGUACCAAACUUUGUCCGGACGGAAAUCGGCGACAGAACGACCUUCACCCCAGAGGAGAAGCAGCGGAUCCUCCAAAUCGCCAACUCGUACAGGAGUAUCGUGGAGCCGCCUGCCACUGGCAUGCGCGAGUUGAUGUGGGACGAAGAUCUGGAGGAGUUCGCCAAAAACUGGACCCAGAAAUGUAUUGGCACCCACAGUCACAGGAACAUGACCAAAAAGUUUAUGAAAGACAAACCUCACACCUGGAAGGUGUGGGACUACAUGGGGGAGGCAAUCUACUACAAUUAUGGUUCUACAUAUAGCAUCGAGGAAGCCUUUUGGAUGUUUUGGAAUGAAGGCAAAGAUUACGACAUCAAACAGCCAAAAUGUACACAUAUAUAUACCUGUGGUCACUAUCAAGUGAUAACGACAGCCAAGACCAGCAGGGUGGGAUGUGCCCUCAACAAAUGCCAACACUUCAGCAAAAGCACGUACCCAACCCCCGCCAUCUUUUUAGCCUGCUCGUUUGAUGCCAGAUACUUUGAGGAUGCGCGGCCGUACGAGGUGGGAAGCAGAUGCUCGGCGUGUAGAGGUUAUGGGUACAGCUUCCAGUACUGCAGGCACGGUCUCUGCAUCUCGCCUAAUAUGAGGAAAUACAACACUGGAUACGACGGGAGCACAGACAGCGUGGGCGUCACUGGGCUUCAGUAGAUGGUCACAUUAUGUGGGCGUCACUGGGCUUCAGUAGAUGGUCACACAAUGUGGGCGUCACUAGGCUUCAGUAGAUGGUCACACAAUGUGGGCGUCACUGGGCUUCAGUAGAUGGUCACACUAUAUGGGCGUCACUGGGCUUCAGUAGAUGGUCACAUUAUGUGGGCGUCACUUGGCUGCAGAAGAUGGUCAACAACACAAGCCGCCAGCUAUUGAAAGAAUGACAUCAUUUGUAUCAAAUUCUCUUAAAUUUUCUCUAACUAUAUUUAUGUGUUCACUAUUCGUAAUUUAUUUGCUUUACAUACACGAUGUUCAUAUAAUCAUUUCGUGGCAAUUUAAAAAAAUUCUUUCAC